ACCACGCCGAUAGACCGAAGAACAAAUUUCAGAGUUCAAGGAGGCUUUCUCCCUGUUUGACAAGGGUGAGUCGGCGCGGCAUUUUGCGCAGGUCGCUCUCGCAGCGGGGCACGGCUGCUGAUCCGCUUCUUGCGGUGCAUGUGCCGCAUGAGCAGACGGCGAUGGAACGAUCACGACCAAGGAGCUCGGCACUGUGAUGCGCUCGCUAGGGCAAAACCCGACAGAGGCCGAGCUGCAGGACAUGGUCAACGAGGUGGACGCCGACGGGAACGGGACGAUCGACUUUCCCGAGUUCCUUACCAUGAUGGCGCGCAAGAUGAAGGACACAGAUAGCGAGGAGGAGAUCAAGGAGGCAUUCAAGGUGUUCGACAAGGACGGCAACGGCUUCAUCUCCGCCGCUGAACUCAGGCAUGUCAUGACCAACCUCGGCGAAAAGCUGAGCGACUCGGAGGUCGAGGAGAUGAUCCGCGAGGCCGACGUUGACGGCGAUGGUCAGAUCAACUAUGAUGAAUUUGUCAAGAUGAUGAUGAGCAAGUGAUCGCUGUGCCGUCGCCGAAGCGCAUAAGGCUAGUGCGUUUGCGCAUGUAGACCAUACUCUGCAAAUGAGACUCGGAAGCGAGACUGCGGCACGCGUGGCUAGGAAGAUGCUCCGUGGGACGGGAUCAGAUCGGAUGGAUGGCAAGAAGGCACAGACGCCCUGCUCCGCUCCCCUCGAGUUUCUCGCGCGGGGCGUACACGCGUGCAGGCUGGGAUACCAGCCGCCGGCGAGUUGUAGUGGUUGUUCAUGCCCAGUUCAGGCAGCAGGCUGGCACAUUGAGAUUUCAAGGCUUC